UGGUAUGACAUAUAUCUUGCGAAAUGAGCUCAUCCCCAUACAACUGGCAGGCGGAAAAACCUUCAGUUCAAGAUGCAAUUUCCUUCCUUUUUAACAACGAAAUAUUAAGCGAUGUACACUUUAUGGUCGGAAAAGGUACUCAAAGGCGACGUAUACCGGCUCACAAGUUUGUACUGGCUGUAAGAAGUGCUGUUUUCGAUGCUAUGUUCAAUGGUGGUAUCUCGGCCCAAUCCGACGAAGUAGAAUUGCCCGACGUUGAAUAUUCCGCUUUCCAGUCAUUACUUCGCUUCCUGUAUACAGACGAGGUGCAAAUCGGACCAGAGACAGUGAUGACGACUCUGUACACGGCCAAGAAAUACGCGGUUCCAACGUUAGAGAACGCCUGUGUGGAUUUCUUGAAAAAGAAUUUGAGUGCUGACAAUGCUUUUAUGUUGCUCAGUCAGGCUCGAUUAUUCGAUGAGCCUCAGUUAGCUGCCCUUUGCCUUGAAUGCAUUGAUAAGAACACCACAGAAGCUCUUGCGGCUGAGGGAUUUACAGACAUUGAUUUUGACACAUUCUGUGUUGUUUUGCAAAGGGAUACUCUCUCGAUUCGUGAAAACCAGCUCUUCGCGGCAGCUUUGCGCUGGGCUGAGCAUGAGUGUCAGAGACGGAGAAUACCAAGCACCUCAGAAAAUAAAAGGUCAGAUUAUAAACAGUAUUGGUUUUUUAGACCUGGGUUCAAAACUGUAUCCUCGCAACAUGAAUUGCAUGCUCGACAAAGACCUUAUUUGAUUUCUGCAGGUUCUUUCUUGAGAAUGUCAAAAUUGAACAAGCAAAAGGAGGGCACUGCUGGCAGGAGUGUCCUCAAUGUUAGUUUUUUUUCAUGCUAGAAACAUUGAGCCUUGUUCUGUGUUGUUUUGUGUUUCACUUUCCUUCAAUUCUAUGAGCUUCGUGACUAAAAAACAAUGAUGUGAUCCUCAGCAUGUCACAAGCAUGACAAAGAAAAAUCUUGAGUCCCAGACAGGAUUCAAACCUAUGAGCUUCCAAAUAGUGGAUGAGUGCUCAGCUAUCCACUGAGUUAUGGAGAGACUUGUGUGCACUAAGGUCAAAUUUAACAUGUGUCCUGCGUAUGGUUACAUGUAGGAUCAGUAAUUUCAAGAGCAUACUGUAUGAUUCACAAACAUAGAACAGUACCCUGUUGCAUCUCUUUCAUAGUUGGGUUAACCUAUAAACUCAUUGAAACAUGAAAAUUUUAGCAGAGAAAAUAGUGGUGGGGUAAGAUCUCAAAAAACCAAGCCAGCCUGGUCAAAUGAUCUCAUAUAUGAGUACCAUUAGCGUUGUGUAAAAUGCUAAAUUCAGUAGACUUCAAUUUGGCAAGGGUUACAAUAAUUAGUUUAAAAAUAAUACCAUUUAUUUUGUUUCUUUAUCUCCUUUUAGAAAUGUUCUGUCAAGAGCCUUGUACAUGAUUCGUUUUCCUCUGAUGAGUAUUGAAGAGUUUGCUGUUAGUGUUGCACAGUCUGGAAUCCUAACAGAUAAGGAAGUGGUCAGCAUGUUCCUUCAUUUCACUGUCAACCCUAAACCACAGGUCCAGUUUCUUGACAGGCCACGCUGCUGUCUUACCGGCAAAGAAAAGGCAAUCUGUCGCUUUCAAAAGGUGGAAAGUCGCUGGGGUUAUAGUGGCACCAGUGACAGGAUACGAUUCAGCUGUAAUCGCCGCAUCUUUGUUGUGGGCUUUGGCUUGUAUGGGUCCAUGUAUGGUCCAAGUGACUAUCAGGUAACAAUUCAAAUCAUUGCAACUGACACUAAUAAAAUCUGUGGUCACAAUGACACAGCAUUCAGCAGUGAUGGCAGUGACUCUACGUUUCGCGUGAUGUUUAAGGAGCCUGUGGAGAUUCUCUCUGGAGUUAGUUACACUGCAUGUGCAACCCUCAAAGGACCUGAUUCCCAUUAUGGCACGUCAGGGGGAAAGAAAGUCGUUUAUGAAACAGAGCAGAAAGAGAAAAUUAUUUUCCAGUUUUCAUACGCUACAGGAAAUAAUAAUGGAACCUCUGUUGAAGAUGGCCAGCUUCCUGAAAUAAUAUUUUACACUUAA